AUGUUAUCUUCUUCAUUUAUUUAUUUACUUGAUAAUGAAUGUAAAAUCGAUCUAAAUGACUCAUCAUCUCAUAUUCGUAAGAAAGAAUUUGAUACUAUUUUUGAAACUGGACGAUGGAAUACAAUUGGUAGUCGAUCAGGUCCAGGCUCUUCAUUAGAAGGUGCUUAUGAUUGGUUAAGACAUUUACGAACAUUAUUUGAACAUUAUUCAAUUCGAUCAAUGGCUGAUAUACCUUGUGGUGAUACUUAUUGGCAAUUUAGUCUUCGUGAAAUUAAUACUAUUGAAGAACUUUAUUUUGGUGGUGAUAUAUCAAUAAGUGUAAUAAAACAAAAUCAAAAAUUAUAUAAAUCUAGACAUCAUAAUAAAAUAUUUCAAUAUUGGGAUCUUGUUAAUUGUCCAAUACCAACAUAUACAUAUAUAAAUUCUACACAUGAAAUAAAUGGUAAUCAUUUUGAUUUAAUUAUAGUUCGUGAUGCAUUACAACAUAUGCAUAUUCGAAAUGGUUUAAAAGCUGUACGAAAUGUAAUUAUGUCAGGAGCAAAAUUUUUUGCAUUAAGUACUUAUCCACCAAAUGGAAAAUCUUCAGCAUCAAAUACACGUUCGAUAGGAAAAAAUGAAACAUUACCAUUGAUACCAACUGAAUGUGUAAAUAAAACUUAUUGUGCUUAUGGUGCAAUUAAAGAUGGUGAUUGGUAUGCAAAUAAUAUUAAUUGUUAUCCAUUUAAUUUUCCAUUAAAUAAGGCAAUACUUGUACAACGAUCUCAUGAAAAAUUUGGUAUGGAACAAGAUGAAAUGCAUAUUUAUAAAAUUGAUGAUGAAUUAAAAAAAAUUGUCGAACAAUAUGAUAAAGCUUGUUCUUAA